AUGCAGGUAGCAGGUGAGGAAAACCUUGUUUUUGUAGAAAUCACGGGUCCUGAGGAUUCUCCGUAUGAAAACGGUGUUUUCGAAUUGGAAUUGACACUUUCAAAUCGGUAUCCCUUUGAACCUCCCAAGCUACGCUUCAUCACUCCAAUUUACCACCCGAAUAUCGAUACUACUGGGAGAAUUUGCCUAGACCUGCUUAAAAUGCCUCCAGCCGGUAAUUGGCUGCCCUCCAUCAAUAUCUGUGUCCUCCUCACAUCCCUCCGUCUUCUCCUAUCGGCUCCAAACCCAUUGGAUCCAUUGAUGGUUGAUAUUGCUGAGGAGUACUUGAAGAAUAAUGAGUUGUUUGUGAGGAAAGCAAGAGAGCAAACAGAGAAAUAUGCGAUAAAGAAGAGUACCAAGCGACAGAAGGAGGAGGAGGAAAAGGAGGAAAAGGAGAAGGAGAAGGAGGCCAAAUUGGAAACCCCAAAACAAGAGAAGCGUGUAGAAGUGAGUGAUAAAAACAACAGCAGCAGCAGCAACAACAACAACAAGGAGGAAGAGAGAAAAGAUACAAACGAUAUACAUGACACAAAUUUUAAAGAAAACGAAGAGAUCGAUAGUUCGGAGAGUAGCGAAGCAAGUUGGAGUGAUUGCCAGUUUUUGUUCUAUGAAUCGUUUAUUCUCUUGCUGCUAUGGGAGCAAGAAAGAACGUCUAGAAGCCGAGAAGAAAACACAAGAUUCGGCGGACAUUGUCAGUUUUUGACAUUAUUACCAUUCUUAGGAGUUACAGGUGAUUCUUAA